AGUCAAGUUGCUCCACUGCUAUACUACAGAAGAAGUUUAGAAUCUUAAGCAGAUGAAAAAGGAAUAAAGCAUUUAAAUGGGGAGAAAAAAAGGCCGAUAAAAUUUCUGGCUACAAUACAAGAGACAUAUCAUUACCAUAUGAUCUAAUGUGGGUGUCAGCCGGAUUGUGUUCAUUGAGGGAAACCUUAUUUUUUAACUGUGCUAUGGAGUAGAAGCAGGAGGUUUUCAACCUAGUGACAGUCACAGAGCAGCACCUGCCCCCUCCUCCUUUCCACACCUGCAAACUCUUUUGCCUGGGCUGAAUAUUUAGUGUAAUUACAUCUCAGCUUUGAGGGCUCCUGUGGCAGAUCCCCGGAUUAAAAGGUUCCUUGGUUGUGAAAAUACAUGAGAUAAAUCAUGAAGGCAACUUUCAUCUUCCUCUUGCUCGCACAAGUUUCCUGGGCUGGACCGUUUCAGCAGAAAGGCUUAUUUGACUUUAUGCUGGAAGAUGAGGCUUCUGGGAUAGGCCCGGACGACCGCUUUCACGAAGUUCCUGAAUUAGAGCCUCAGGUGCCAGUGUGCCCCUUCCGCUGUCAAUGCCAUCUUCGAGUUGUCCAGUGUUCUGAUUUGGGUCUGGAAAAAGUGCCAAAAGAUCUUCCCCCUGACACUGCACUGCUGGACCUGCAAAACAACAAGAUAACUGAAAUCAAAGAUGGAGACUUUAAGAACCUGAAGAACCUUCACACGUUGAUUCUUAUCAACAACAAAAUUAGCAAAAUCAGUCCUGGGGCAUUUGCACCUUUGGUGAAAUUGGAACGACUUUAUCUGUCCAAGAAUCAACUGAAGGAAUUGCCAGAGAAAAUGCCCAAAACUCUUCAGGAGCUGCGUGUCCAUGAGAACGAGAUCACCAAAGUGCGAAAGUCUGUGCUCAAUGGAUUGAACCAGUUGAUUGUCGUAGAACUUGGCACCAACCCUCUGAAGAGCUCAGGCAUUGAAAAUGGAGCCUUCCAGGGAAUGAAGAAGCUCUCCUACAUCCGCAUUGCUGACACCAAUAUAACCACCAUCCCUCAAGGUCUUCCUCCUUCCCUUACUGAAUUACAUCUUGAUGGCAACAAAAUCACCAAAGUUGAUGCAGCUAGCCUGAAAGGACUGAAUAAUUUGGCUAAGUUGGGACUGGGUUUCAACAGCAUCUCUGCUGUCGACAAUGACUCUCUGGCCAACACUCCUCAUUUGAGGGAACUUCAUUUGAACAACAACAAGCUUUUCAAAGUGCCUGGUGGGCUGGCGGAUCAUAAGUACAUCCAGGUUGUCUACCUUCAUAACAACAACAUCUCUGCAAUCGGCCCUAACGACUUCUGCCCACCUGGAUACAACACCAAAAAGGCUUCUUAUUCCGGGGUGAGCCUUUUCAGCAACCCAGUCCAGUACUGGGAGAUCCAGCCAUCCACCUUCCGAUGUGUCUAUGUGCGCUCUGCCAUUCAGCUCGGAAACUACAAGUAGUUCCGAAGAAAACCCUCGUUUUUAUAACCUGACAAAAUCCCGUUAACGUCACUGCUCAAAAAAAAAAAAAAAAAAAAAAAAUGAAA